AUGCUUCUCAAAUGCACCGUUUUAUUCUUAUCCGUAUGCCUCGUGGGGUGCCUUCCACCACCACACCCGGCCGUGGUGGCUGUGAGACAGUCUGAAGAACUUCUUCCACCACAUUUGAGGAGCCCUGCGUUAAGAAAUCCCCAUUUACAAGAAAUACUUCCGCUGACAAGUUUGCUUCAUCAUGGAGAAAAUGUGGUAUUCGAACGAGAAGCAGACAACGUAUCACGAAGCGAGAUCUACAAAAUACUUACGCACGCCGGUUUUCUAAGAAGACAAAACUAUUUAAAACAAUAUAAACCAGAAUACUUUGGUAACUACCCUCCUAGCCAUGACUCUUCAUUCUUACUUAACCCUGAAGUUCUACAAUAUUUAUAA